AUGUAGACGCGGGCGUGCACCGCUGGAAGAAGAAGCAGAAGAAGGAGAAGAAAAAGAAGGAGAAGGAGAGGAAGAAGGCCGGGCCGUGAGGCGUCCCGCUCACGUCCACAUCUGGAUUAACUCUUUGGACUUUUUUGAAUUUCUGCUUUUUUUGUUGUUUUUUUUUUGUUUUUGUUUUGUUUUUCUCGGUGCUCGACUAUGUGUCCUCUUCAAUGGGUGCCAACAACGGAAAACUGUACGGAAGCGAGGGCAAAGGGAGCUCCAGCAUCUCGUCUGACAUAAGUUCCAGCACCGAUCACACGCCCACCGAAGCUCCCAAGAAUGCGACUUCCAGCGAAGGUUUGGACUCUGGCACGAGGACGCUGAGCACGCCUAGUCCGGGCCUCAAAUCGUCGUCUCUGUCCUCCCCGGCGCUGUCCAGCAAUGGCCGUGACACCAACUCCACGUCGUCGUCCUCGUCGGCCGCCGCCUCCGAGACGGUGGCCGUGGUCCACCCCCAGCCGGGCACCCGCACCCGCUCCCGCGUCCCCAGGGGCCACGCCCCGGCGGACCUCCUGCCCGACGGCGUCCUGCUGCAGAUCUUCUCGCACCUUCCCACCAACCAGCUGUGCCGCUGCGCCCGCGUUUGCCGCCGCUGGUACAACUUGGCAUGGGACCCGCGGCUGUGGCGCGCCGUGCGGCUCGACGGCGAACUGUUGCACGCCGACCGCGCCGUGCGGGUGCUGACCCGACGCCUGUGCCAGGACACGCCCAACGUGUGCCUCACCCUGGAGACGGUGGUGGCGAGCGGCUGCAAGCGGCUCACCGACCGCGGGCUGCACGUGCUGGCCCGCUGCUGCCCCGAGCUGCGCCGCCUGGAGGUGGCCGGCUGCUACAACAUCUCCAACGAGGCCGUGUUCGAGGUGGUGUCGCGAUGCCCCAACUUGGAGCACCUCGACCUCUCAGGCUGCUCCAAGGUAACGUGCAUCAGCCUGACUGAGGAGGCGUCACUGCAGCUGUCGCCGCUGCACGGCCAGCAGAUCUCCAUCCGCUACCUGGACAUGACCGACUGCUCGUGCCUGGAGGACGACGGCCUGCGCAUCAUCGCCACGCACUGCCCCCGCCUCACGCACCUCUACCUGCGGCGCUGCGCGCGGCUCAGCGACGACGUGCUGCGCCACCUGGCCCUGCACUGCCCGUCCAUCCGCGAGCUCAGCCUGAGCGACUGCCGCCUGGUGGGCGACUUCGGCCUGCGCGAGGUGGCCCGCCUGGAGGGCUGCCUGCGCUACCUGAGCGUGGCGCACUGCACGCGCAUCACCGACGUGGGCGUGCGCUACGUGGCGCGCUACUGCCCCAAGCUGCGCUACCUGAACGCCCGCGGCUGCGAGGGGCUGACGGACCACGGCUUGGGGCACCUGGCGCGCAGCUGCCCCAAGCUCAAGUCGCUGGACCUGGGCAAGUGCCCGCUGGUGUCGGACGGCGGGCUGGAGCAGCUGGCGCUGUACUGCGCCGGCCUGCGCCGCGUCAGCCUGCGGGCGUGCGAGAGCGUGACGGGGCGCGGCCUGCGGGCGCUGGCCGCCAACUGCUGCCAGCUGCAGCUGCUCAACGUGCAGGAGUGCGAGGUGUCGCCGGAGGCGCUGCGCUUCGUGCGCCGCCACUGCCGCAAAUGCGUCAUCGAGCACACCAACCCCGCCUUCUACUGACGCCGACUGCGCUCGCGCUGACCGACGGAAGGUUUCCCGCUCCGCGCCUCAACGGAGCCCCGCAGAAUGUAUUUAAUGUAUUUAUCUGUAAAAAGAACAAAAACAAACUGUUAUGUGGUGUCGACAGAGACCCAGACGUGACAUAAGGGGAACGAAAGUUCAGUUAGGCCCACAAUUCAGUCCGCCUCUGCAUAUUUGUGAUUCACUAUUUGCAGAUUUUUGGGGAGACUCUAUCCUCCCUAACAUAAAAGUAUCGCUUUGACGCCAAAGAACGAGAGCGGAGGCGCUUCAUUUGGUCAGGUCAUAGCCCUGUCUCAUAGAAAAGUAGUGCUUUGCCGCCAUUUGUAGGCAAUCGUGAAUGUCUGCACUUUAGAACUUUCCGGGUCAAGGGAUACAUUUACCCUCCUAACAAAAAGCCAUAGGAAAUAUUGAUUUUUGGAACAUUUCAACCUCAAAACUAUAUGAGCCCGUUAGAAAUGUAAUUAAAUGAUUCUGUUUUGGACUGAGCAUCAAGCGCUAAAAUGCCACAGGAUUAUUUAUAACGCAACAAAAGGCACAACAUGCUUUUUUUGUUGCCUGUUCACACCCUGUUUUUGUUUUUUGAAUGCAAUCACGAUCCGCUUGUGACAAUCCUCAAGGACCAUGACAUAGUAGCACACAAACACAAUGCUGCUCCAAUUGUGCCAAUAAAGUCCACCAAAGCAUUGGAAAGCGGUUUGUUUCGCAUUAAUCUUCAACUGAAAUGAGAUGAGGUUUUAUAUAUAUUUUUAGCGUCUUUGUUUUUAAACCAGGUGAGGCAAUUGUUAAUAGUUUU